UUUUCUGAAAUGGGGUGCAGUGGCUCGAAGACGGACGAUCUGCCGCUUGUGUCCCGCUGCCGCGAGCGCCGGGAUCUCAUACGCGCCGCCGCCAACCAUCGCUACGCCCUCGCCGCCGCCCACGUUUCCUAUUUUCGCUCACUCAAACACGUCGGCGAUGCUCUGCGGAGUUUCAUCGACGACGAAUUGGUAGCCACGUCACCUUCUCCUUCCCCGUCUCCGUUGUCAAAGCUCGAUAGUGAGAGUCAUGGUUGUGAAUCAGUGCAUUUGCAUGAUUAUGACGAUGACGAAGAGGAGGAGGGCUCGCAUUUGUGUAUAACGGAUUCUUCUACCGACGACGGUAGCGAUCCAGAAGAUCACCGCCAUCACGAUAAUCAUGUGGAGAAAUCACCGUCUAAUUAUUCAGGCAAUGUUUACUACAUGAAGAAGUCAUCUCCGCCGCCUCUGCCUACGAAAACUCCGGUUGCACCACAACCGCACUGUGGCUUGUCAGAUCCAUACUGGAAUCCCACAUCUGGUUAUGUAGGCGAUGGUGCGUCUUUCACCACCAUCCCUCCGGCGAAAAAGACUCCGCCUCCGCCGUCACCAAAUUCGUCGGCAAUGGAGUUUCUAAACCGGUUUGAUGCCUUUGAUGUGUUUGGUGGUGAAUAUGUAGGCUUAAUUUCGACUGGAGAUCAUGAAAAUACUUUGAAUUCAAUUAGCCCUAAUUCGAUCAAGGUGAGGGAGAAAGGGGGCAUUUCUAAAUUGGGGGGAGAAACAGAGCAUAUAGCGUGUAGAGAGCCUUUCAAGGGAAAGAGAGGCACUAAAUGUAUUUCAAAAUCUGUGCCAUUGCGCAACGGUGAAGGUAGUUCUAGAUCAGUGCUUUUACGGGGUAGGGAGAAGAGAAAGAAAUCACCACUGGCACUGCAGCGUAGUGUAGAGUAUGUAAAUCAAUCCAGUUCAAUGAAGAAGAAGAAGAAAGGGGCAUGUUGUGAGCUGGAGAGGAAGUCUAGUGGAAAUGCUGGUUCUUCAAGGCUGAGUAGUGAAACUGUGUUGCCAACUGGUGAGGCAAGAGACUUGAGGGAUGUGGUGGCUGAAAUUAGAGACAGCUUUGAGAUUGCGUCUGGCUAUGGAAAAGAAGUAGCCAUGAUGCUGGAGGCAGGAAAGGUGCCGUAUCGGCCUAGCUUCCUCAAAGUGAUUCUGUCACGGAUAUUGUACCUUACAGUACCAUGGCUGACGUUUGUGGAUUCUUCGUCAAUAUCGUCCUUGACAUUUGCUUCUAGAUCGGUGAAGAUGGCAAAGUUGUACUUUGAAAACGUUGGAAAGGAAUUUGGUGCCAAGUUCGGUAGCCUUUCUUCCACUCUGGACAAGAUAUAUGCUUGGGAGAAGAAGCUUUACAAAAAAGUAAAGGAUGAAGAAAACCUUCGGAUCAUGUAUGAGAAGCAAAGAAUGAAGCUAAAUGUCGAUGAUGAGGUUGGAGCUGAACCCACCAAGGAUGAUGCUGCUGAAGUUUCUGCUCUAAGAUUACUAAUGGAGCUCGAUGUUUGUGUCAAAGAAAUUGAUGUCAUAUCAAGUAGGAUACAGAAAUUGAGGGAUGAAGAAUUACAACCAAAGACCAUUGCAUUGAUUCGAGGGAUGACCGGAAUGUGGAACACGAUGCUCGGAUGCCAUCAAAAGCAGUGUGAAGCCAUCUCGAAGAGUAAAAUGCAAAAUCUGAGAGUGAAAACUGGUUCCCAAAAGAGUACCAUCACCAAUCUUGAAAAGGAGCUUCGUGCAUGGCGUCGCCAUUUCAAUGAUUGGAUUUUCUUCCAAAAGUUGUUUGUCGAAUCCCUGAAUGGAUGGCUUCAGCAGUUUCAUCAGCACGAACUAGAAGCAACUCCUUACAUCCCCACUCCUUAUUCACCGGGCCAGCUUGGAGCUCCUCCUGUUUUUGUGAUCUGCAACGACUGGCACAAGGCAAUGGAGGCCAUCUCUGAUAGAAGGAUGUCAAAUGCUAUGAACGCCUUCACAGAUGGCUUGCAGAAACUACGGGGAAAAAAGGAUGAGGAGGUGCAUCAACGGCUUAAAGCAGAACUUGUUUCGAAGAACUAUCAGAAACUGAUGAGAACUCAUCGCAUGGAGAUGCAGAGAAUGAAGCAUGGCCUUGAUGGGUCAAAGCUGGAUGAUGUGAAGUUGAAUUUGGAUUGUUUGAAGCAGAGAUUGGCAGAGGAGAGAACGAAGCACAACAAUGCGAAGAAUUUGGCGCAGACUGCAGCUUGUGGUAGCUUACAAGGAGGACUAGUUCCUAUUUUCAAAGAAUUGGAGAACUUCACAAUGAAAGCUCUGAAAUCACAUCAACAUAUUAGGCUGCAACAUCCAAUUUUGCAGCAGAGAUGAGAUGAGGACUCUGCAACAUAAUCUUAGUGUGACACUUGAA